AUGGCACAUAGAUUGCAAGACCCCAACGCCAGUUCUACUUUUGGUAAUUCUCUACUGUUAAGAGUAGAUGGUGCCAUUGGUGCCAUGUCCUUAUCGCCAAAUGGAAGGGAUGCUGUUUUGGCUGGACGACGAGGACUAUUUAUCAUAGAUUUAGAUGACCCUUUUACACCACCACGAUGGCUACAUCAUAUUACUUCAUGGGAAGUUGCAGAUGUUCAAUGGUCACCCCAUCACUUUGUCAAACCAUCAUGGUGUAUAUCAACUUCCAAUCAAAAGGCAUUAUUAUGGGAUUUAAAGCGACCUUCAUCUAAUGCAAUUGCUAAUAUUCUACAUUCACACAACAGAGCAAUAUCAGAUAUUAAUUUCCAUCCCUUCGACCCUGAAGUAUUAGCCACAUGUGCCAUUGAUACAUUUGUCAUGUGUUGGGAUAUGAGAACACCCAGGAAACCUGUAUCAAAGUGGGCAGAAUGGAGAGCCGGAGCAAUACAAGUCAAAUGGAAUCAUGAGAAUCCUUAUGAGAUUGCACUGAGUCAUGAUAAUUCUUUUUAUGUAUGGGAUACCAGAAAGGGUGCUUUACCCGUUGUGAAAAUUGGAAAUGCACAUGACAAGAAGAUAAACGGAAUGGAUUUCAACCAAGGGUUAAAGAAUAUUACAACAUGCUCUAAUGAUGGUACGGUCAAGUUUUGGGAUUUAAAAAGUGAACAGGCUACCAAAUUUAUUUCCAAUUUUAAUUAUUUUGGUAAUCAACCUGAUAAUGCCAUACAGCCUAGUGUUGUAAUUGAAACCAGUUUUCCCAUUGCUAGAGCAAGAAACUUGCCGUUUGGUUCUGAUAAGGCAUGCGGUAUUAUGCCACUCCAAGGUGGUAACAAUGCUAUCCAUUUAGUAAAUUACGAUGAUGCAUAUCACGAAUACUUGAACACUAAUACACCACAAAGAAUAUCGGCUAAUUCAGUAUACUCAUUCAAGGGGCAUCGUGGUCCAAUGAAGGACUUUCUUUGGAGAACUAGACAUGAAUACUAUGAAGGUUUUGAAUCAAAGAAUACUUGGAAGGAUUACCAGUUAGUAACGUGGUCAUCACAGGACUAUGAUUUGAAAUUAUGGUCCCAUGACAGUCAAAUUUACAAAGGUGUCAAUUAUGAUCCUACUUUUUAUAACGUAUUCAAAGACGAGCUGGAAUCAGAAGCGUCUAGACCACAGACUCCAAGUUCUGAGCGUUAUUAUAAUUAUGACACUUAUUGUCGCGAGCCAGAAGUGACUAUAAAUGAUAUAACUAAAACUAAUGGUGGGGAUUUAAUUUCUGCAUUGACAUUGUCAUUGAUUGCCGAGAAGCACAAACUCUCGACUGAUGAAUAUAUGCAAUUAAACCAUAUAAAUUGGAUUUCUGGUGUACGUAUGGGACAUGCUGGACAUGGAGAGCGCAAAGAAAGUGAGUCAAAUUUUGGUGAUGACGGUCCGUCAAAUUUGGGUGAAGAGGUUAGUAUUGUUGGUCAUAAAUUUCCUAAAAUCCGAUUCGAAAAGAUUUCCGUUUCUACUGGUGAGUUGGUCAUUAGCUUGAAAGGACCGAUACCAUCAUUGCAGAGUGGUUCAAUGGAAAAGUCAGAUUCUACCGAUGGUACAGAUACUAAUGUAGCUGAAUCAGCAAUUUCAUUGAGAGAAAAAAGCAUUGUUAGUGAACCUGAUAGGGAAACAGAAAGAAUGAGCUUUAAAGAUGGCAGUAUUAUUAAUGAACUAUCUGAUGACCCGUCGAAAGAUGAUUCAGCAAUUGAGCAAAAGUUAGUGUUUAUUCGUGUUGAGGUUGACUUUCCAAACGCAUAUCCAUAUCUUGAAGAUGCUGGAUUGAACCAAAACUUAUCCAGCAAACGACUAGUCAAAUGGCAAAAACAAAACUUGAUCAAAUUUAAUGUUGAAGAAACACAUGAAUUAUCCAAACCUAUCAGGGAGGUUAUGGAAAGCAAUUUAAAUGAAAUUGCACAGUUUUAUACUAACAAGUAUCAAAGAUUCUGUUUAGAACCAUGUUUGCGAUACUUGAUGGGUGAAAAAAUUGAACUUGAUGAUGAUGAAAUGCUCAGAGAAAGUAGAAGAGAUAGCAAUGAUGAUGGGGAAGAAGAAUUUAUUCAAGAAGCCGGUAAUGAAGCAUGGGUGGAUGAUUUGAUUAAUCAACAACCAGAUAUUCCGAUGUAUUCUUCCGGAGAAGAAGAUGAAGAAUUAGAUCAAACUUUGAUUCCAGCUAUUAAAAAUAGCAACACGGUCAACAUUGGUAGCAACAAUAGUAAUCAAAUUGAGGGAAGUGAACCAUUCAAUAGUGUUGAUUCUCCUUCUACCACAGAGAAUCCGUCAGUUGCGACUCAUAAACCUAGUUUUGUUGAUUCCACGCCAUUACCUAAUGGUUGUGGUGCAAUUUGGUCUCCUACUGGACAAUUAGUUUGUUUUUUCAUUCCAAAAUCAAGAUCAGAUAAUUCCACAGGAGAUUAUGAUGAUGAGGAGGAAGGUGAAAAUAGCGACAAUGGUAAAGGUUUACAAAAGUUCAACAUUUUUCAAUUCACGGAUGGUGGAUUUGGAACAAAAACACAUAAUCACAACCACAGUCACCAUGGCCAUCACCAUGGCCAUCACCAUCGUAAGUCUAGUUCCAUUAUUUCAGAUUCUGCUGUGAAUGGAGAUGAAGCUUCUGAUCAAGAUGCAGAACAGGAUUUAAGCGAAGAUGAGAAUUCAGUCAGUGGUGAUGAUCAAGAUACAUCAUCGGUUUCAUCAUCCAAUGAUAGUUUUGCUGAAGAUUGGGAUGAGAUGUUACUGAAUGAUGCACCUAGGAGAAGAGUACAUGGAUUGUUUAAGACUAGCCUUGGAUUGGGAAAUAGAUUCGCUGAAAUUGAUAGCAGUAAUAAAUCUUCGUUUAAUAGGUUCACUAGUAACGGUGGCACUGGUUCCAAUUACAAGUCAUCCUUUAAAGGUGAAUAUAAAAAGAAAUCACUGGCUAAUGAAGAGAAAAAGAAUAAGAACAUCGUGGGUAUUUUUGAUUUUUCACACUUGCUUCCAGAUAAAUAUGAUCUUGCUCGUGAGUACAGAGUUCUUGGUGAUACUCCCGAAGUAUUGGCAAGUCAUAACUCAAAGGUUGCUUUGAAAUACGGUCUUAAAGAAAUCAGUGAUGUUUGGAAAAUUCUUGAAAUGGUUUUAAUGAAGAAUAUUCAAUAUACCGAAAACAACGGGGUUUAUGUUUCUAGUUGUCCGAUUAUAACUCCCUUGAAUGCACAUUAUGGAACUCAAACGAUAAAUCGAACUUCAUUCUAUUGGGAUGAUCAUCCAUUUGGAGGUGUGUGGUUUGUCAAGGAGAUUUUUGAUUAUUUUGAAAAGAAGAAAAACAUACAGAUGUUGGCAAUGAUGUCGUGUAUAUUGUAUGAAAAUCCAGAUAAUUUGAAAUCUGCAAGUGAAUCAAUGAGUGUUCCCAUUCAUACACCUUAUCAAGCAUUGCCACAACCUCCCACGGUUUAUCAACAAAAUUCUCGGAAUAGUACAGCAAUAGGGUUCACUACUCAAUCAUUUUCAGGUGAUGAGCCAAGAUAUGAUUUCCGAAACUCGUCGAUUCUGAGUACUAGAAAGGAAUCCCAACAUUCUGGAAUGGUUUACGCAAAGUCUAUCACAUCAUCACUUGAUACAGAAAGUAUGGUCAAUGGUUCUCCCGACAAGUUUAGAUACUUGAAGAGAAGUUUUAGCACUAGAGGAUACCCAGGAAUAGAACAAUCAAACAACUCAUACUCCUCAUUGUCUGAGUCAUUCAUAGAAUCAAAUAUUUCGACGCCUGAACGAAAUACCAGAAUGUUUGCGGACAAGCCAAGUAAAAGUAUUUUAAGACAACCUCCAUCUGCACUAAAAAAAUCUAGAGCAAAACCAGCACCUGUUGUUCUGAUUGAAAUGCAAAAUGUGGAAGAAUUGGAUUUAUUUGAAAGUUUCAACUCCAGAGCUUUAUUGGAUUCAAUUGAUAAUGAUAAAUUGAUAAGAUAUAGAGAGUUGUAUGCCGAAAUGUUGUACAAUUGGAAAUUACCUAUUAACCGAAUCAAAAUUUUAAAAUUUAAUUAUCCACAAACAGAAGGAAAUGAUUAUGAGGAUCCUACUACAAGUGAUAUUCACAAAUGCCGUAUUGGGUUGAGAAAGAAAUCGCGUCAACAACCAAACCAAUCAUAUGUGGAUUCAAUCAGUUCUAUAUCUACCAAAUAUCCAAAUGCAUGGAACACAAGUAAGAGACAAACUUUGAAAUACUGUAACUACUGUAAAUUAGUGGUUACAAAAAAUUUCACAUUGUGUACAGUUUGUGAACAUUUAAUGCACACCAGUUGUGCUGGUGAAUGGUGGUCCACUGAAAACGAUGAAUGUCCAAGUGGGUGUGGUUGUAAGUGUUUAGAACGUAGUAUAUAA